AUUACUAUCUCCGAUCUCGAGUGCUAUCAACAACAGACAUAGCAACCGGAUUGGGGUUCGUGGCACCACCAAGAUGAUUCGACAAGAUGCCAGUCGUAUCGAUGCGAAGCGGAGAGCCACUUUGGACUACAAGAAGAAGCAGUUCGCGGCUCCGACGUAUAAGCAACAGGAUUACCCGUAUCGGUUGAAUUUCUACGAGAUCCCGCCGACCGCAGAGAUCACUCUCGAACAAUUCGAACAAUGGGCUAUCGACCGACUGAAGAUUCUUGCUGAGAUUGAAGCAUGUUCGUUUCGCAACAAGACGGCCGCCGAAACCGCGGCCCAUAUCACCCCUCUCCUGCAGAAAUUCCUCCCUCUUUCCUCCAAUACAUCGUCCGCAUCCGGUGCCGCGGACCAGCGAUUGAAGAAUGAGCGGCAAAAAGAUCAUUACUCUCACUUUAUCCUGCGCCUCGCGUUCUCGGCCACCGAGGACCUGAGACAUCGAUUCGUGCGGGCAGAAACUAUGCUCUUCAAAUUUCGUUUCCAACAGGAUGAUUCCAAGGAGCGACGUGCCUUUAUCGAGAGCCUAAACCUCGACUGGGAGGUCGUCAGUGAUGAGGAGAAACGCGAACUAGCAGAGAACCUCGUCAACGCGACACCAGGCCUGCGUCGCUUGGACGACGAGAGCUGGUACAAGGUCGACUGGGAAAGAGUGCCAGAGCUGGUUGAACGACGAUCGGUCUAUUUGAGAAAGGGAAAGGCAUACGUUCCCGGCAGAGAACAAUUGAGUAUGAUUAUCGCAGAAUUUACCGCACGGCUGGAACGGGCGAUGGAGCUCACUAGCAGGGCCCUCCCUCGUUUGGAUGAGGAUGACCGUCUCACUCCAAUCUUGAACCAUUUGUCGAAGAAUUUCGGCAGUGCAGACACCGUCUACUCAGAAGGUGAAGGUGUCGUCGAUGGUGCGCCCAUCACUGCGUCUUCCAUCGACCAUCUUUCUCAGCACUUUCCGCUAUGCAUGCGGAGCCUGCAUAUGACGCUGCGCAAGAACAAUCACCUGAAGCACUUUGGUCGUCUACAGUAUACGUUGUUCUUGAAAGGCAUCGGUUUAUCAUUGGAAGAGUGUAUCGUCUUCUGGCGUCAGUCUUUCAAGGGCUUUACGGACGAUGAGUUCAACUCCAGAUACAAGUACAAUAUCCGCCACGCUUACGGUGAUGUGGGUGGAGAUGCCAACCGCAGAGGCAGAGGGUAUCCUCCCUAUUCGUGUCAAAAGAUCUUGGGCGAGUCGGGACCCAGUGUUGGCCAAACCCAUGGCUGUCCAUACCGACACUUUUCUGUGGACAAUCUGAUCGUACUCCUUCAGUCCACCGGAGUACACGACAAGGAUGUUCUCCGCGGCGUAAAAGAGGAUGUCGAGAAGACUCGCUAUCAUAUCGCCUGCAACAGAGUCUUCGAGUGGGCGCACAAGGCGGAGAUCAAGAAAGUCAAGGAAGACGGAACGUGGAAUCAGACCGACCUCGAUACUAUCGUUCACCCUAACACUUAUUUCAAGCGCAGCUACCUUCUGAAGCAGCUCGGGAAACCACCCAAGGGGAACAACUAGGAAGAAGGAAUAGACGACGGACGAAUUGACGGCAGCUUGUUCAUAAUAUGCAUGUUCUGGGAUGACUCGGUAAACCAAGGAUUUCAUACGGCGUUCUGGCGUGCUUAUCUUUUUCAUUUCAGGCAGAGGUACAGAUAGCCCGAAGUUCAAAUUAUAUCAUUCCUUUUUUCCCCGCAAGACAUGAGAUGACAUGGCGUAGACCAGUUCGCUCCUUACAGCAUGCCAUAGCCAUAGCCUUUCUGAACUCUUCAGCGGCAUGUUUAAGCCAUGUUUUACUACGAAUGGACUGCAGAAAUUUAUGUAACCGCGGCUGAUUCCCAAUUCAUCAACAAGGAUCGAAACGACCUUUCAAAGCCAGGUGCCCAGCGAUGGGUAAUUUGUUCUACGCGCGACGCGAAAACAGCCUCAUCAUUGAUUUGACAGAGGUUGACAUCAGUAAUGUGAUUGUAAGUCGGCGUAAC